GCUCUUCUGGGCCGAGGCUAUAAAAAGGGGAGGGCGAGAGGCGGGAAGGAGCGGUCCGGAGAAAGGGCAGCGGGAUUUCGAGGGGAGCGCGCCUGGGAGUGUGUAUGUGGAGAGCCGGAAUAUCACAAUGGCUACUACACAGGCUGUCUUUAUAUUUGCACUCUGCAUUUUAAUGAUAACGGAAUUAAUCCUGGCUGCUGAGAGUUAUUACGACAUCCUAGGUGUUCCCAAGACUGCAUCCGAUCGCCAAAUCAAGAAGGCAUUUCACAAACUAGCAAUGAAAUACCACCCAGACAAAAAUAAGAGUCCUGGAGCGGAAGCAAAAUUCAGGGAAAUUGCAGAAGCAUAUGAAACCUUGUCAGAUGAAAACAAACGACGGGAAUACGACCAAUUUGGCCAUGCUGAAGGACGAAGAAGCAAUGGAAACACUUUCCAGCAGCCUUUUAACUUCAAUUUUGACGACUUGUUUAAAGACUUCGACUUCUUUGGCCAAAACCACAACACACAGUCGAAGAAACAUUUUGAAAGUCAUUUUCGGAGCCAUCAGCAGGCUCACAGCAGGCAAAGACGUUCUUUCCCAGAAUUUUCCUUCGGAGGGGGACUGUUUGAUGACAUGUUUGAAGAUAUGGAAAAAAUGUUUUCAUUUAAUGGGUUUGAGAACACACACCGACACACAAUGCAGACUGAAAAUAAAUUCCAUGGAUCUAGUAAGCACUGCAGAACUGUCACACAACGUCGAGGAAAUAUGGUUACUACAUUCACGGACUGUUCUGGACAAUAAUACUUGGGCGUUUCUCUGCCCCGCCCUUAACUGUUUUCUUUCUUUCUAUCCUUUGCUGCUGAAUACAGAGGUUCUUCUGUGAACUGUGUGAGAUUUAUUGUUUAAUCAGAGUACUUUAACUGCUGAAAUAAGCUGUAGCUAAACUGAUAACUAUUACCAGAACUGCAACAAAGCAAGAUGAGAUGAUGUUGACCUUAUUUAAUUGGUUACAUAGAAUGUGCAUGUGGGGGGGAAAUCUCCAUAUGACAGUGUUAGGGUCUAUUUUUAAUAACAUAGAAGCAGGUUAACAGAUUACCUCACGAGUGCCGAGUUAGUGGUACAAUAAACAUAUUGUCAGAUUUCUAUUUCUAUAAAGUGUUAUCCUGUUGA